UGAAUUUCAACGGAACAGAACAGGCCCCUUAGAACCGUCUAAUAAACAACUAACUUCUAUUCAAAAAAAAUAAACAACUACUAUUACACCUUUCAUAUAAGAUUACAUUCGCUAAUUUAACCCUAGAUCGUGAAAGAUACUUUUGCGUAAUAAUUUUCAAAACCAAUCUGAUUUGUACAAUUAAAGUAUUAAACUAUACUUUAAAUCAAUCAAAAGGCCCACCAAAGCCCUCCACAUACCAUCAAAUAGAAAUAGAAAUAAGCCCAUUUCAGUCUUUCAAAUUGGUCAUUGCUAUUUCAAAUUCCGAUAUCGGACAAUUUCACUCUUUCAAAUUCGCCAUUGAAAAUUAAAUAAUGCUUAAUAUAUUGUGAUCGUUUCCGGUCAAAAAAAAGAAAAAAAAAAAAAAGCCAUUGAACUAAGCUGACAAUCUAUUAAUAAAAAAAAAUGAAAAAUAAAAAAACUAACUGAGAAUUUAAGGGAGCAGCUCGUGUAAGAAUGUAAGAUGAUGAAGCUGACAUGGUUUUGAAAGCUCUAAUCCACUUUCUUCCUUUCUCCAACUUAUUUCCUGUCAAUUGCAGAAAUUUUGCAACUUUAUCUUCUUCCCAAUGCUAUGCUCGAUCAAAAAUUAAACUCACCAAUAAAAUUACGGACUUAAAACCACUCAAAUCACUUCUAAUUGUCACUGGAUUAAGUCAUUAUAAACUCGUUAUUUCUGAGUUUAUUGAUCGAUGCUUUCAUCUGGGUACCCCUGAACUUGGGUUGUCUGCAUUUUAUGCAUCAGAUAAUCGCAGCUUACUUUUGCAGAAUUUGAUUGUUAAGCAUCUUUGUAGAUUGGGUUUAUAUCAAGAUGUAAUUUCUGUGUAUAAAACAUGUAAGUUUUUUGGUACUAAAGAUGGUGAUUACACAUUUCCUUAUGUAAUUAAGGCUUGUUCUGUUCUAAGUUAUGAAAAAUUUGGAAAGGAGAUUCAUGGUAUUGUUAUUAGAACUGGGUAUGAUAGGAAUGUGGUUGUUCAGACUGCUUUUGUUGAUUUUUACUCGAAAAUUGGGUGUAUGGACAAUGCACGGUUGGUGUUCGACAAAAUGUCCCAAUGGGAUGUGGUUUCUUGGAAUGCUUUGAUUUCAGGCUAUUCUUUUAAUGGCCUUGAUUAUGAAGCACUUAAGGUAGUGCAAGACUUGUGGGUGAAGGGUGUGAAGCCUAAUGUGAUAACUUUGGCUAGCAUAGUUCCUGUUUGUACCCGUUUAGGAUUCCGGUAUUCGGGUUGGUCACUACAUGGUUAUGCUGUAAAAUGUGGGUUUGAUCAAGAUGAGUUGUUGACACCAGCUUUGAUCUCAAUGUAUGCUAAUGAAGGCCAUAUUCGAGUUGCUAGAUGCUUGUUUGAUCUUUCUCCUAUAAAAAAUGUGGUCAUUUGGAAUUCUAUGAUAUAUGCUCAUGCACAAAACCAAAUGCCUGAAGCAGCCUUUAAAAUGUUGCAGCAAAUGCUCUCUGCUGAUCUUCAUCCUAAUGUAGCCACUUUUGUGUCUGUGAUCCCAUGCUGUGAAAAGGCAAAUCUUUACGACCAUGGCGAAAUCCUUCAUGGGUAUGCUGUUAAACAAGGGAUGCAUAACCAGAUAUCUGUGGCAACAGCUCUUAUAUCUAUGUAUGAGAAGCUAGGAGAUGUUCACUCAGCAGCAAAUGUAUUCACUUGGAUGCCUCACAAAAACCUUCUUGUUUGGAAUUCAAUCAUUUCAGCGUAUGUACAUCAUGGGCUCUCACAAACGAGCCUAAAUGCUGUCCAUGAGAUGCAAGUUGCAGGAAUUGAGGCAGACUCAAUAUCCAUUGUCAAUAUUCUUUCGGCCUGCUCGGUGCUAGAGGCAUUGCUUCUUGGUAAGUCUGCUCAUGCUGUAUCUAUAAGAAAGGGUUUUGAUUCAAAUCAUAAUGUGUUGAAUGUUCUCUUGAAAUUUUAUUCUAGCUGCUGUCAACUCCACUCUUCUUUUAAGCUUUUUGAUUUGAUGGCCUCAAAGAAUACUAUUUCGUGGAACACGAUGAUAUCUGGUUGUACACAUAAUGGAGAAACAGAAAAGGCUGAAGCCUUAUUUGUAAUAAUGCAGCUUCAAGGAGUGCAACCGGAUGUUGUUAGCCUUAUUAGUAUCCUUUCUAGUCUGACUGAGAGUGGUAAUUUGGCACGAGGGAUGGCUCUACAUGGAUUUGCUCUCAAGUCAUGCUUCACUUUCGAUGUUACAUUAGCUAAUGCUUUGAUUAGCAUGUAUUCUAGCUGCGGGGACCUGGAUGCUGCUGCAAUGGUUUUCCAUUCAAUGACAGACAGAUGUUUGGUUUCUUGGAAUUCAUUGAUCACUAGUUACCGACAUCACAAUUUACACAAAGAGGUCAUAAUCUUGUUCAAGAAUAUGAUAAAAGAUGGUCAAAAUCCAAAUUACAUUACAUUGCUAAAUGUAUUGCCCGGGUGCUCUACACUUUUACAAGGCAAAUCAGUUCACUCUUACGCCAUCACAACAGGGGCUAUGCUGCAAGCUCCUUUUGUGACAUCUUUGAUCUGUAUGUAUGCAAGCUUUAACAAUAUAGUUUCGUGCUUCUUACUGUUUGAGGCUGGGGAUAAAUUGGAUAUUUCUUUGUGGAAUGUGAUGUUGUCGGUCUUGUUUGAAUCAAGAGAGGUAGAGAAAGCAUAUUCUCUUUUUUGUGAAUUGCUGCAAACAGAGGUUAAAGUGGACUAUAUAACCAUUCUAAGCUUGGUUUCGGCUUGUAUACAGAUAAACAGCAGCUCUGUCGCUAAUUCUAUAUUGGCAUCUGCGAUUAAGAAUGGUUUUCUCCGAGAGACAAUAGUUAGUAAUGCUUUUAUUGAUUUGUAUGCAAAAUGUGGAGAUAUUCUGAUGGCUAAGAAAGUAUUUGAGGUUUUACCAGAAAAGGACAUUGUCUCUUGGAGUGUCAUGAUAAACGGGCAUGGAUUACAUGGGGAUGGUGAAGGUGCAAUUUCUCUUUUGUCGGAAAUGGAAGGUUCAGGCAUAAAGCCUGAUAGCGUUACAUAUCUUAGUAUCCUAUCAGCCUGCAGCCAUGCUGGGUUAGCUGAUCAAAGCUAUGCAAUAUUCAACUUAAUGCUAAAAAAUGGGAUUCAACCAACAAUUGAGCAUUGUGGUUGUGUAGUGGACCUUCUUGGUAGAAAAGGUUUGCUAAUUGAGGCAUAUGACAUUGUUAAGAGAAUGCCUGGUGGAGCUUCAGUCAGUAUACUCGAGUCUUUACUAGGUGCUUGCAUGGUUCAUGGAAAUCUUGAAAUUGGGGAAAGAACUGGGGAGUUGCUUAUUAAUAACCGUGAAAAUGUUGGAGCAUACGUGAUACUUCAUAACAUCUAUGCAGGUGCUGGAAGAUGGCAAGACGCAAACAGAAUGAGGAGUAUUAUAUCUGAUAGAGAAUUGAGCAAAAUUUCUGGGUUUAGCAUGCUUGAAGGACAGAAACUAUGAUGCCACUGAGGUUAUUAUUUGGAAUCAGGAUAGUGAAGGGUCCAUGAUUUCGAAACUAAACAUUACAAUGUUGGAAGUAUUUGGAAACGGGGGCUGCCCAGUUAAUCUUCAUGAUUAACAAACUUUGUCAAUCUUUUAUGCCAUGUCAGAAGUUAGAGUAUGUGGAUGUCGACUCAGCAGCCGAGUCAGAAGUAGAACGAUACACAUUAGCAUAUUAUUUGUAAAUGGUGGCGCUCGCUGCUGUUAGUCUGUUACUUAUAGGGGUUGUUCUUGAUUGACGGUGGAAGAUGAAUUCAUGGUUGCAUUUAAUGUUGGUAGGUAAUGGUUUACUACUUUGCUGUUUUCCAAGUGAUGUAAUAAUUGUCUUCUUGCUCCAUUCCCGUAGAAUUUGACUAUCAAAAUUGAAAUAAACUUUUUAAUCUAAAACACCAAAAGUCAAAAA